AUGGCUGGCUCUAACGCUACAACUUACCGGCCGAGCUAUCCUGCCGGCACCAUUGCCAAAGUGUCGACAGACAUCCUGAACGAGACAUUUCAUAAUAUUGUCCAUGAUCUGGUUGCAAAGGUCCACCGUGACGAGAAGAUGGCGCGGAUGCGCUCCGCGGUGGUUAUCGCGAGACAAAAGGCCGAGGAAGAGGCGACAGUAUUGGACGAGGUCGCGAGCAAAUCGGUCGCCGAUGAAAAGACCAAGGAAUUUGUCAUCGAUGCUACAAAGCUGGCGAGUAUCCACCUGGAGACUGAUGCCGCCAUCUUCGAUCGCGGAAAAGUGCACCUAAAGGGCAAUCCUAUGAGCACGAUCAAGGAGAUUAUCUGCCCGGAGUGUCGUCUGCCACGUCUUUCAUAUCCUCCAGUUGGUGCGGGAUAUCGCCCUCCCCCAGACCCAAACAAAAUAUAUUGCCAAAAUGGGCCGUAUAUCACGCUCCCGGGUCAUGAUGUGCAUGGCAAGAUGUUUGCAGUAAUGCCAAAUCCAAAGAAACGGAAGAACGAGAAAGAUAGCUCAAUUCCAGAGAUUCCAACCAGCAAGUGCCCUCUUUGUCCUCGUUAUUUCGUCAUGAAUCGGGUUGCGCAGCAUUUAGAUCGGUGUAUGAACAUCUCAGGCCGGGGCAGCAGCAACCGCAACAAGACACCCACAGAUAGUGGUGCAAGUGGCGCCAGUAGCCCAACAUCAUCCGCCCCAAAGCGUGCACACACCGAUGAGGACGAGGGCAGUCCCAGCCCAACUAAGAAGAAGAAGCUGAACACCACAAAGAAGGGUUCAAUGAAGAAACCCGGCCCUAGCAAACUCAAGAACUCUUUCACCGUGGAAGAACAGGAAGACGAUAUCAAGAGCGAGAAUGCAGAUGCUUGA